GUUCAACUUCCUUCAUAUUGUCUUGGCAUCACAUACAUAAGCAGAAUUCUGACGCUCUUAUUUUAUCAACAAACAAGAUCACAGCAGAAUGAUGUUCUACUCGGUGUUGUCAAUUUUACUGAUAUCAGUGUUAAGUUUUUGUGAUGCUGAACUUAUAGUACAGAGAAAUGAAGAAGUACUUCGCGUUAACGCAGGUGAAGUCGAAUUGAAUGAAUUUCAUGACAUCGGAACAUUUGCAAGCAUUGAGGAAGCAAGCUUUUUUAGUGCAAAGGAUUCGUCAACCAGACGUAAGCGCCAGGUCCAGAACACGAACCAUAUUGAGUUACUUUUGUCUCAAGAGUGCAAUAGCAUAGUAUUGCGAUGGGUCCCUCCCAAUAUUCCUUACAGCUCGUCCUUUCACACCAGCAACUCAGAGUUUAAAUAUUACAACAUUUAUCGUGAAUUAAACUAUUUUAUGAGUGUUGCCGGACUCACACCAAUAGCAUCUGGAAAAACACUUCCUGAUCUUCAAAAUGUACAACUUCAGAAAUGGUUUGACAAGAUACCGCCAAGUGGAAUGACACUUUAUUAUGCCAUCACGAUUGUGAAUGAAAAUGGGAAUGAGACACAAUUUGUUACGCCUAAACAGAUAACAUUUAUUGGAAUGUUUCAAAGUCUUCGUCCGAGUCCAGCUCGAAUAGUCCCAAACAUGAUAAAGGGAAAUGUUAUCUAUCAUAGUGUUGCGUAUAAUAGUUUUCGCAAUGAGUAUUUCGUUGUUUUCGAUGUCGAUCAAGAUAAUGACGAAGUGGCCGAUCGUGUUUAUGGAAUACGCAUCAAUAUUAAUGGUCAAAUUCUUGGUCAAAGGAUAAUAGAUUUUACACUACGUGGUGCUUCGACUGAGCAAGGGCAUCCGUCAGUAGCAUUCAAUCCACUGGUCAACGAAUAUCUUGUGGUGUGGCAUUUAAGUUCAAGAAAUCUCCAAGGUGGUGCUCAUGUUUUAAUCGCACAACGAGUGUUUGGAGAUAGGUCUUUCACAAAAGGCAACCCGUUCUUGCUCUUGAAUGCUAAAUUGACAGGUCGAUUUCGACCUGUUGUUGAACCGAAGCUCGUGUAUAAUUCGGGAUCAGCUGGUUAUGUCAUGACAGUGAUGCUGGAUGCACCGCCUAAGACUGUGUUUGUAGUUUUUCUAAUGUCUAAUGGUAAGAUUUCUAGACAAACACGACUCUUCAAAGGCGAGGUACUCGACUCCAAUAUCUUUGUGGACACAAAACUCAGCCAAAUCUACAUUGUCUAUCAAGUCCGCCAACAUGCUAUAACCUUGGUUGACUCAAGUAGCCCACUUCAACACUAUCCAUUUGUCUUUCUGGUUACAAAGGCCAAUUCAACAGGAAAUUUGUUGUUUAUGGGGUCUCAAAAUACCAUCCGAUAUGUGGUCGGUUACACGAGAGAACAAGUUGCAAACAUGGAUGGAUAUUUCGACCACAAUAACGGAUGGCUUACAUUAUUCUGGAACAAUCGUGAGAACGGAAGUAGAGUAAUUACAUCAACUUCUAUUGUUGGCUUUCCUGGAAAAUUUGGAAGGGAAGCGAAUAUACACAAGUGCCCGCAGUACAAGAAUAAUAUAAAUCCUGCAGUUUGUUACAUGCCAAAGAACAACGGUCCCGUGAUGCUUUGGGAACGAGCAAACAAACUUAGCGGUUAUCUUCUCAAAGAUGGUGCCUUUUCCGUAGAAAGUAGUUUACGUCCUGGUGCUCAACGAUCUGCCAUAGCUUUGUAUAACUCUCGUCAGAAGCAAGCUCUGGUUUUAUAUCAGCAAUUUGUUCUCGGUACACGUGUCCUGUUUAUGACACACGUUGCUCCAGCAUCACAAUCUACCUGCAAGGGAGGGUGUAAGAGCAGUGAUCGAUGUGCUAUGAAAGAUGUAUGUGUAUCACGUACUCCAUAUUAUGCAGUUAACCAUCAACAAAGUUGCCUAAAAGACAACGGUGGCUGUAGUCAUACUUGCACGACUCUCUUAAAUGGAAGAUUGUGUACUUGUCCUCAGUCCUUCACACUUGCUUCCAAUGGAAUGAAAUGUUUUACCACAGCUGCAAAGCCAGACGUGUCGUUACUUUACUCAUUUUCAAAAGGAAUUCGGUCCAUAAGUGUGUACUACAAGGAAAGACGAGUGUCGAUUUCUCGUAUACCAAUUGCAGGCAAUGAAAUCAUUGCGUUCUUUUACAACGAGAAAGACAGAUUUAUUUACUGGGGUGACGCUCGCGAUCGCAAAAUAUACAAGGCACAUUUGGAUGGCACAAAUAAACAAGCCAUUGUUAAUAAUAGAGUUGUUUUACCAGAUGGAAUGGUCGUAGAUCCUGCAACAAAUCAGCUUUACUGGGCUGAUGGUACACUGAAUAAAAUAUUUCGUUCAUUCUUGGAUGGUUCAAAUAUUGAAUCCUUUAUUGUUGGUGUUGACAAACCACGAGCCUUGUUGAUACAUCAAGAAUACAAAUGGUUGUUCUGGACCAAUUGGGGGAUGGUAGCAAAGAUUGAAAGAAUAAAUAUUGACGGGACAGGUCGCAAGAUUCUCGUUCAAUAUGGAUUGAUAUGGCCAAAUGGCUUGACGCAUGAUGGAAAAAAUCUGUACUGGGCCGAUGCUCAUUUUGAUAAGAUAGAGAUGUCGGACUUCUAUGGAAAUAAUCGUAUGACUUUAACAACCAAGGGCACAAAUCAUCCUUAUGGUUUGGGAAUGGCUAAAAAUAGACUUUUCUGGACUGACUGGUCAGGCCAUAUCCGUUCGUACAACAAACUCAAUUCGAAAACAGAAGAUGUCAUUUCUGGAUUGAAAAAACCUUUUAUGCUACAAGUAUAUGAUAUACUAAAAGCAACGUUUUGUCGUGAUCCAGGAGUGCCGUUAUCCGGUACCCGUAAUCCACCACCUCCAAUAUCAGGCAACGAAUACAAUAUCGGUGAUCAGAUUAAUCUGACUUGCAAUCUUGGAUUUGUUCAUCUCGGAUCGAAAUCGAGGCUUUGUUUACCCACAGGUAAAUGGAGUGGCAAAACUACUCAAUGUAAAGCUCUGCCUGUAUUUACAAGACUGCCUAAAAACAAGACAACUGACGUAUCUUAUCAUUUGAGCAUCGAAUGUUCAGCGGAAUCAAGUUCGGGUGAGAAAACGACAAUCACCUGGUACAAGGAUGAUAAGAUUCUUUCAGUAUCCCAACGUUACUACACGGAUCAAGUGACGAACUAUUUGCAGAUACUCAAUGUUUUGUUGGAUGAUGCUGGUAAAUACACCUGCGAAGCGAAAAAUUCUGGUGGUACAGUACGUGCAUCGAUGUAUUUGACUGUUAGACAAAGACAAAUUCCUUGUGGUAAAGCAAGGUUAUCUGCUCGGGCCAAAAUUAUUGGUGGAAAACGAGCCGAUCAUGGUACCAUUCCUUGGCAAAUUUUGCUGUUCAACAAUGCUACUAAAAAGCCAUUUUGUGGAGCUGUUUUGCUUAACGAAAGAUGGGGAGUUACAGCUGCACAUUGUCUUCAGCCAAUGGCCUCAAACUUGGACCGCGUAGCUGUAAUAUUUGGAGAGUACCGUUGGCACAAAAAUGAUGGUACUGAACAAUAUCGAUCAAUCGAUAAAGUUCAUUUGAACGUUCACUACAACCCUUUAACCUAUGAUUCAGACAUUGCGUUAUUUAAAUUCUCAAAACAAGUUAUUUUAAAUGACUACGUCAUUCCUGUUUGCCUACCCACGUCUGCAGCAGACCUUGCGCUUAUUCAAGCAAACAAUACGGCAAAAGUGAGCGGAUGGGGUGCAAGAAAAACAAACAAGACACGCUCGGUAAAAACUUUACACGCGGUGACAAUUAAAACUGUGGACGACAAGACCUGCAAGGCAAAUCAUGCUCCAAAAUACGUGGUGACUUCUAAUAUGUUAUGUGCGGGUUUGCUGAAUGGUAAAGGCGAUGCUUGUCGUGGAGACUCAGGGGGACCACUGACAGUGGUAAACAAAGGCACAAAAAAACACGUAUUGAUUGGAAUUGUCAGCUGGGGUGAGUCGUGUGGCACAAAGAACAGAUAUGGUGUAUACACAAAAGUUUCAAAUUUUCUACCUUGGAUUAACAGCCAUAUUAGAAUGGUUUAAAAACAAAUGAACGAUCUUGAUAAAUUAAUUGCUGCAUCUAAUUUUGAUUGCUUCAUAAUUACACAAUUAUACAAAAAUCAUAAA